AUGGCGUGCUGUGGACGCUCUCUGGACUCCCCGUGCACACUGGCCUUGCUAGUGGGCUUCCAGUUUGCCUUUGUUCUUUAUUUCUCCCUUGGGGGCUUCAGAGGCUUGGUGUCAGUCUUAGUGCACACCACUGAGCCAGAGUUUGAUUACUCCCGACCUCAUGACGUCUAUACCAACCUCAGUCAUCUGGGAGUUCCGCCUCCCCCACCUCGCAACUCUGGCACUGGAUCCCCUGCUACAGGACCACCACUUAAGGACUGCCAGAUCCCCUCUCCACUGCUGGGUAAAGGAGUCAUGUUAUAAAUAUACCGAAAUAAGCAAUACAGACAUCUAUUUUAUUAAAUGUCAAAAAUAAUCAAUGAACCUUUCCCAUUCCUUUCCUUUAGUGGGACCUGUCUCAGUCCAUCUUUCAUCCCCUUUGACUCUGGAGGAGAUCCGACAAAGGAACCCGUUAGUGUCACCAGGUGGACGUUACCGGCCUCCAGACUGUGAACCUCGCCACCACACAGCAAUAGUGGUACCGUACCGAAACCGACAAACCCACCUUCGCGCCCUCCUCUAUCACCUGCACCCCUUCUUACAAAGACAGCAGAUUCACUACAGCAUCUACAUCGUACAGCAGGUGAGUGUAUUUCAAGCGACAGCCUCUGCCAAAAAAGUAAAUGUAGGGAGGCAGAAAAACACAGUUAUUCAAGUGUUUACUUGAAGCUGACUUAUAAAGGAAACUCAUCAGAGACUAUCUUAAAAUGUUUGUAUCGUUGAGGUCAGUCAGUGGAUAUUGAGCAAGACAUAAUUAUUCACCUUUAUGCUUUGGUUUGAUGUAGAAGAAAGAAGGUCUCUGUGUAAACAUUCACUGAGCAAACCAAAAUAAAGCAGUACUUGGCAUCAUGACAACAGUUACCAUGCUAAAGUAUAACAGUGAUUUCAGAAUCUCUACCUCCAUUUACUUGUGUACAGGAGGUCAUAACCCAGAAAUAAUAACCACAUACAAAUCCACAUGUAAUGAGGCCUAAGAGUUAGAUGUAAUUAGACAUAACUGUUCGCAUGGCUAAUUUGAUUGACAGGUGUACUGGUCUACCUUGACUCCACCUCUUUGCAGGUUUAGUUGGAAGUUGGUCACCAUUACCAAUAUGGCAACCACCUUUGAUGGUAGGGCUGGGCUGUAUGGCCUCAAAUCAAUAUCACGACAUAUUGAGCAGUUCACCUCGAUAACGAUAAUUGGACAAUAACUACUCCACCAGCUGCUCACCCCCUCCCACAUUAACUUUGACUACUUCAGCCGCCGCUCCAGACGCUACAACUUUUGAACCAUCCUCCAUCUCCUCACCUGUCUUUCCCUCUUUGUUACGGCCUUGAUGGGGUGGAGUCACGUCUCUGACAUAGGGCAGCGUCUUAAAGGGACAUGAGACCAUAGCCUCUCUACAUACAUCCAAAACCAACUUUUAUUUAUUUUUUUGACACUGAAUAUACUGAUAUGGGCAAAAUGACAUUGGUUAUUGUCCUAAAUGAAAAAAACAUGUUGUUGUGCUGAUGUCAAAAGUAUAUAACUAGAUAAAAGUAGUGCCGUAUUGGUUUGUUUUAUGCUGUAUCACAUCUACAUAUUGUCCCUUUGCCAGAUGUGAUGGAGUGUUCAAGACAUGGGGUAUUGCUUUAUAAUGAAAACCUUUCUGUCUCUGUUUUUGACCUCCAAGUGGGGGAAUGGUACUUUUAACCGAGCCAAGCUGCUGAACGUAGGGGUACGGGAGGCCCUCCGCGAUGAAGACUGGAGCUGCAUCUUCCUGCAUGAUGUGGAUCUGCUGCCCGAGAAUGACCACAACACUUACACCUGCCAUAAGCAGUUCCCCACACACCUGUCUGUGGCCAUGGACAAGUUCAGAUACAGGUAAAAAUAGCAUGACGUGUAUGUGUGCGUGGCACUUCUUUGGAAUUGUUCCGUGCUGAGACUUACUUGUACAUUGGUGAUAUGUCCCUCCAAGGCUGCCAUACCCGCAAUAUUUUGGUGGGGUGUCUGCGGUGACACCAGACCAAUACAUGAAGAUGAAUGGCUUCCCUAAUCAGUACUGGGGCUGGGGUGGAGAAGAUGAUGACAUCGCUGCAAGGUGAGGAUGGUGAAGGGCCAAAGGGUCCAGAUCCCACAAAAUGACAGAGUGAGCUGUGCGUGUUUACACGGGUUCAGCGUCAGAACUACGUGCACGGCUAUUUCAGCCUCUCUGCUUUUUGUACUCUUGCUCCGCUCAUUCAUCUUUUUCUUGUUUGUUUAUGGUUUCCACACCACAUGUUUUCUUUUUCGUUGAAUAUUAUUUUGUUCCUUCUAACAUCAUCUGUCAUCUUCACCUCCCCACUCUCUGCUGUGGCUUUGCUGUGUGUCUCUUUCAGAAGGCUAAGUGAGUAUGUUCACGUGGAGCGGCUUGCAGAUUUGGGCUGGGCUGGGUGCUUGAGAGUUUAUAGGCUCAUCUCCUUUUUGCACUGCGGUACCCUCUCUCCUCCUCUUGCUCACUCUGGUUUACGACUUAAAAUAAAUAUCAUAUACUGGACAUUCACUGCAUUGCUUACACCAUUUUUGAGAUAGCUGGGGUGGUACAGCAGCGCCAGAGAUGGAAAGAGGGAACCACAGUGUUUUCCACCGCCUAUAGGCCAUAAAGUAUGUUAUUCUCAUACGUCACCCACAAUUCUAUGUUUCCUUUCUUUAUUUCCUGCCUUUAAAUUUAUCCCUUAGAGACCAGAUCCACUCUUGCUGUUGUUUUGGACUAUUAAAAACAGUGCAUGGAGAGUGAAGUGCCAGGCUUUGUAGAUCUAAUAUUAUCCUUAGUCUGAGAUUCAGUGGUCCACUUUUACGCCUCUAAAUAAGAAUCUGCUGUUCCUGUUGACCCCAACUGUGCUGUCUGUCCAGAGUGCGCCUGUCUGGCAUGAAGAUCAUGCGCCCCCCAGUGGCCAUUGGUCAUUACAAGAUGAUCAAGCAUAAAGGAGAUAGAGGCAAUGAGCAAAACCCGCGCAGGUACGGAUGUAAAAACACACAUAUCGUACAAGGCUGUUGGAUGUUCUUAAAGUAUGUUUGCAGACUUUGCUCUAUCUUUUCUGUGUGCCAUAAUUUAUCCCGGCUAUAAUACCAUUAAUCUGGGUAAGAAUCUGAAUUAUGCUAGCCUCUGUUUCAUUCUCCCCUUUUCCUUAUCAUAUUGAGUUUGAACAAAAAUGGCAGUGUCAUUUUUGUAGACACACUGCUUUGUGUGGUGUUGGCAUUUUCCACUGCACGCUCUGUUGAGCCAACUAUUUCUGCUGCCUCAGGCGGCUCUCUCAUUUGUUUUCCAAUUUAGAGAGGACAUUGCACUUUCCUAGCCCAUGAUGCUCUAAAUUUCUUCAUUAUAAUAAAAAAACAACAACAAAAAAACAUCAUUAUCAAGACAAGUCCUGGCAAUUUUGCUGAAAAGCCAAAAGACAUAUUCCCAUGAGUUUGUAUUUGGAUAUAAAUUGGAGUAACAGUUUGGCAUUAAGUGUGGCGUAUUGCCUUUUCUUGUGACAUGGGUAUUUUGACAUUUAGAGUAUGUGUGCAUUAGGGUUCUUGCUGUAGAGAGCAGGGGGAAAUUGAUGUUGCUCUAAUGCUUACAUGUUGAAUAUAAAGCUAAGUAAGCAGGAACUAAACUCAGCUUUUUAUCAAGACUGAAAAGAGUCUGUAGAUAACACAUCCCACAUACCAGCACCUUUAAGGCUUACCCUAUGUCUUAUUGUGUCUUUUGCAGUAUUUGCAGUGUCAGUUAUAGCUUCAUAAAGGGUAUAGAUGAAAAAACUGUAGGUGUAAUGAAUUGAAACAAAAACUCAUAAAAGUGUAGAAUGUAAAGUUGGCUAACUGUUGACUGGUUAAAGCUUAAAACAAACACUCAUGUGGUAAAUAUAUAUCUCUUUAUCUGACUUUUCAUCUGAAAUUUACCAAUUCACCUACUGUGUUUAACUAUUUACUCAAAGUUUGACCCCAAAACACAUCCAAACCUGCAAUUCUAUAUCCGCUUGUCUAGAUUUGACCUCCUAAAAAGGACCAGACUCAACUGGCGCUCCGACGGCCUCAACUCUCUUACUUAUGAACUCCUCUCCAAAGAGCUGGAGCCUCUCUACACCAACCUCACCGUCAACAUUGGAGAGGAUCCCCGGCUGCCCCCUGGUAAAGUACCUCUCCUCGUGAAAACAACAACCCCUGUUCACCAACGUAGCAUCAGCAGCAAGAGCGCGAACGCGGCCAAACAGGAGCGGAGGCAAGAGAGCAGAGGGGCCGAAGCAGGAAAUGCGACCGCGCUCAAGUCGGUCGGUGACAAGACAGAGCCUGCUCGGUCGAAAGCAGCAAAUCAAACAAGACAGGGGAAGACAGGUGUGAUGAAGUAG